UCUACAACAAUGUCCUCUACAAUUCCCUCCACUUCUCUAAACCAAGUCUAUUCAAGAAGGCUAUUAGUCUCGGGUAUGGACUUAAACACACCUGAAUCCGGGCCAGCCUUAUCGGAUCCGGACACACCCGUACCCACUAGCUGCCUCGACGCCGACGUGGUCAUGAUAUUGGCAGUCUUUUUAUGUGCUUUAAUCUUCGGCCUUGGACUAAAUUCAAUUGUUAAAUGCGCUCUCCUAUGCUCAAGUCAGGUCGGGUUAGAACCUGAGUCGGAUCAUAGGACCCGUCUACCUGCCACCGGAGCGAGGAGAAAAGCGAUACGGGCGCUACCCAUUACGGUGUACUCGCCCGAGUUGAAACUAAAUGGGUCGGAUUCGGAGUGCGUCAUAUGCUUAUCGGGUAUGAAUUCGGGUGAACGGGUUCGGGUACUGCCCAAAUGUAGCCAUGGAUUUCAUGUUAGGUGCAUUGAUAGAUGGCUCAUGGCUCAGCCAUCGUGUCCAGUGUGUCGCCAAUGUUUGAUCGUGACGGGUCAGAAGAGUUCGGGUUGCAGCAAUGCGGAUCCGGAUAAUUCCGGUACGGGUCGUACGAUUAUUGUUCCUUCGGAACCCGAAAUGCUUGGGAAUAAUUAUAGGGGAAGUUAGUCGAUUGAGAACAUAGGUGUUGUUCUUUUUCUUUUUCUUUUUCUUUUUUUUUUCCUUUUUUUUUGGUGCGCUCCCCCGAGAGUGUGUGCAUGAGUUGGCAGAGUUGGUGUUUGAUGUUUUACUUCUUAGUCAAACGAAAAUGGAAAAAAUGUCACUACAUUUUU